AUGAAGAUUGAGAAUAUUAAUGUUGAUCUUUUAUUUGAGGAAAAAGAAUUUGAAGAGUUUAUGGAAGUUGAUAUUGAAAUAGUAAGUAUUGAUACAAGAGACAGGUUUAUAAUAGAGGAGUACUUUAAUAUCAGUACCUUUGAACAAGACCAAGAAAUUAUUGAAGAAAGUUCGACAAUUAAUCUACAAGAGUCUAUCAACACUGAGGAUUG